AGGUUGGUUAAAGGCGGGAAGGAUGUGCGCGAAACGAAAGGCGGCUUUGGCUUGAUUCCAGCGGUUUGGCUUGUUGGGAUGCUGUAAAUUCUCAUUUGUUAUAUUUUAAUGGGGAACAAUGCAUCUGCUGCUACAGCGAUAUCUAAUACUGCUAUAGCAAACCAAAUAAAAGAUGCUAUAUCAGAUAAUUGUGUUGUGAUCUUCUCAAAAAGCACUUGUUCCUAUUGCAAAAUGGCAAAGAAACUAUUUCAAGAAAUGAAUGUGAAUUAUAAAGCCAUAGAACUUGAUAGAUAUGAAAAUGGAAGUCAGUUUCAGGAUAUCCUGCAUCAAAUGACAGGCAGCCGGACAGUUCCCAGAAUAUUUAUCAAUGGAAACUUUGUCGGAGGUGCUACAGAUACUCAACAACUUCACAGGGAGGGUAAACUCCUUCCAUUAGUACACCAAUGCCAGAUCCAAAGAGAGAGAAACUCAGUACAUUCAUAUGGUUUUCCUUAAUUUUUUUAAAUAAAACGUGACUAUCUUUUAUUUAUACACCCAGAUUUCACUUUACCAACCUACCUGUACAAAAAUGCUUCAACAACUUUGAAUUGUCCCAAAAUAUAUUGGCUAGUUAAUAUGCAGGUUGAAACCAACCAGGGGUUUCUGGUAGAAAACUUAAGCCACACAAAUAAACCUUGUCACAUUAAGUCAGUUCUGGAAACUAAGUCUAAGAGCUAUGCCACCUGCACCCAAACUUAUAGCAAUACUCCCAGGAUGUUUUUGGCAUAUCUAUGAGCACCUGCACAAUAAUCAGUUGCCGUCCAUGACAAUUUGCUCAUUGUUUGCUGUUUCUGCAACUCUGUACUAAACUUUGUAUAGCUAUAUUAUCUGUGUAUGCUGCCUUUCUCUCAAGAAAUUGGCCAUUGGCAAGUUGGUAUAUCGAACAGAAAAAAAUGAAGAGAGACUUGGACAACACAAAAUCAGCAGAUGGAGAUGCUGGAAAUAAGACACUGGGAGCAGAUAAAGCAGUCAUUGGCAAGGGAGAAGCUGAACUCAGCUUAAUUCUUCCCUUGUCUUCAACAUAUCUCCUCCUUAUCGUUUGCUUCCUUUCACCUUGGAGCUUGAACUUCUGGUUAUGCAGUCAAAUACAAAGAAGGCCUCUGCCUCUUUUUAAAGUUAUAUAGAAAGAGAAUGCCAGCACAUUGGCAAAAAUGUAACUCUGGAGAAAGCAGAGAAUAUAGAUAGAAGAAGCCAUUUUGAAUGAGAUAUAUAGGCUAGUUUUAUGUAUGCUGAAGUUCUACUUGUACCUUUACUUCAUUUGAACCUACAGGUAUGCAACUGUAGUUUUCACUGUCAACUUUGCUAGUCUUUGUGCUUAGCAAGUACGGUUCUAUAAAAUCCAUAUUCAUUCUCAGUAAAGGCACCAUCACUGUCCUUUUCCCAAUGUACAUAUGUCCAAGCUAAUCUAUCCUUUAACAACACAUAACAUGAAGGACUUUUGGAAUUAGGUAUCUAAUUCUUUUUAGAUAAAAAGGACCUCAUCAGCUAUAUGUAGCAGAUGCUAAUAAAUGAUUUACAGAUGGAUGAAUAAUUUCAAAAAUGUUCUUGUCCUAAGGGACCAGCAUUUUUUGUGAGAUAAAAAUUUAUAUGUCUAGAUUGCUAGAGGACACAUUUCAUUAUCAAAGCUGCUUGAAAAUGCGACCUCUUUGUGGCUUGCAAUUGGACUGAUGUUUAUGAAAUAGUACUUUAUGAGUAUAUGACAAAAAAAGAUUAUUGUGACUUAAUGAAUGUUCUUUCUCUUUGUGUAAUAUAUUUGCAUUAAACAGUACCAAAUAUUUAUCAUGUGUUAUGAUUAACUGCAUUAUAAGCUGCAUGCUCAUGUUACAAAGAACCAGAAUGUGGUUUUUUGAUUUUCACUUUUCAGUCAAAUAUUGUAUCCUAAAACAGAUUUACAAAUUAAAAAACAGCAAUGAUGGCUAUAAGAGAUAGUAUUGUAAUGGCCAAAUUAACUGUUUUAAUUAAAGAGAAUACAUCUAACUUUGUUUUUAUCUGGAAACCAUGUCUGGAUUUUGUGUUGAGAUUAAAAAAAUAUUGGGAUAUACUGAUUAGACACGGUUUUUUAAAUGGAAAUAUUUUGUAUAUAUUGAGUAUGUAAAGUAAAAAGUUGAAGCUGUAAUGUUAUGUUCAUUCUACUUCACAAUGUAAGAGUGAUCAGACAUAGAAAGUUCAGAGACCAACCUACCUAUCCAUCCAUUCAUAUAUAUCCCCAAAGCAAUUAAAUGCUUAAGAACUUAGAAGCAAAUGCUAAGAACAAAAGCA